UCAGUCAGCUGUUCUCUUGGCUCGUCCUGGUCUGGCUAGGUGUUUGAGGUUAAUUAAUGAUAAAAAAGUCUUAAUUAAUACAAUUAAUUAAAGAAAUUGUUAUGAUUAUUAAUACUGUGAGAAAUUUUCACAAACUUUAUCUAUCUGCUAUAAUUAAAAAAUAUCGAAGAUGUAUAGUAAGCAGAAUGAGCAGUUCAGACGGAAAAGGGAAUAUUCCAGAAUUAAAACGGAUUAGAAACUUCAGUAUAGUUGCCCAUGUCGAUCAUGGAAAAAGUACAUUAGCCGACAGACUUCUUGAAAUUACCGGGGUCAUAAAACCUGGAGGGGAAAACGCUCAAGUUCUUGAUAAGUUACAGGUAGAAAAGGAAAGAGGAAUAACAGUAAAAGCUGUGACAGCAUCAUUAAACUAUACACAUAAGGGGGAAACUUAUCUUCUAAACCUAAUUGAUACUCCUGGACAUGUAGAUUUUUCAAAUGAGGUUGUUCGCAGUGUAACAGCAUGCCAAGGAGUCAUCUUUCUAGUUGAUGCAAAUGAAGGUGUUCAAGCACAGACUGUAGCAGUACACUCUCUUGCCAAAAGAAAUAACUUGGUCAUCAUACCCACAUUGAACAAAGUAGAUCUACCCAGAGCUGAUCCCGAAAAAGUUAAGUCUCAACUUAAAUCCCUUUUUGACAUUGAUCCUGAAUUGGUGAUGAGUAUAUCUGCCAAAAGAGGUUGGGGUGUUAAGGAACUGUUAGAAGCUGUUAUUUCAAAGAUUCCUCCACCUGUAGUGGAUUCUGGCGGCCCAUUCAAAGCUCAAAUUAUUGAUACUUGGCAUGAUAAAUAUAGAGGGGUUUUAUGUCUUGCGUACAUACUUUCUGGCAAAGUGCAGAUAGGUCAGCAUGUAAGAUGGAGGUCAGAUUCAAGGCAGCACACAGUUAAGUUCUUGGCACUUCUGCGACCUGAUGAGGAACCUGUUCAAGAAGCGAUAGCUGGACAAGUUGUUAUGGUAGGUUGCGGCCCUAAAGGCGGCGGGUCGGUAGGAGAUCAGCUCUUGUCCGCAGACUAUGUCAUGAGUGACAAGGCGACAGAAGCCGCUCCAAUUCGCCAUAUGGUAUACGCUGGCGUCUUCCCUGCAGACCAAUCGCAGCAUACACUGCUCAGUGAUGCAAUAAAGAAGUUAGCGUUAAAUGACUCCGCUGUGUCUGUUACUGCUGAUUCGAGUCCAGCAUUGGGACAAGGGUGGCGCAUUGGUUUCCUGGGGCUGCUCCAUCUUGACGUGUUCACUCAGCGCCUGCUUCAGGAAUAUAAAGCUGAAGCCAUCCUCACAGCGCCUUCUGUGCCUUAUAAGAUCAAAAUAAAAGGUGCCAAGUUGAUAAAACAACAUAGAACUGAUAAAAUUCUUAUCACGAAUCCUUUAAUGUUACUAGACGCAAGCAACAUAGAAGAAUAUUAUGAACCUUUUGUUAUAGGUACUAUAAUUACCCCAGUAGAGUAUAUCGGUGCGGUAACAACACUAUGCAUCGAUAGACGAGGAACUCCACUGCCUUCUAACGCUGUUGAUGACAAGAUGACCAUGAUGCAAUUCAUAUUGCCGCUAUCGGAGGUAGUGGUGGACUUCCACGAUACCCUUAAAAGCAUAACUUCUGGAUUCGCUAGCUUCGAUUACCAAGACCACGGGUUUCAUCCGAGCCCAUUAGUUAGGAUGGAUAUACUACUGAAUGGUGUAUUGGUCGAUGAACUGUCCACAAUAACUCAUAUCACCCGGGUAGAUUAUAAUGCCAGAAGACUGACUGAGAAGUUAAAAGAAAUGAUCCCAAGGCAAAUGGUGCAGGUAGCUAUCCAAGCUGUAGUCGGUGGGAAAGUAUUGGCAAGAGAAACUAUAAAGGCAUACAGAAAGGAUGUUACAGCUAAAUUAUAUGGCGGCGACGUAACUCGUAGGAAAAAGUUACUAAAACAACAAGCGGAGGGUAAAAAGAAGAUGCGAAGCGUCGCAAAUAUUAAAAUUCCACGAAACACCUUCAUAGACAUAUUAAAAAAAUAAAUUG